ACCAGCUCACUUUCACCUCAAUAUGGCCCGCUCGCUAGCAUCAUCAUUUGUCGCCUUCUUUCUUCCACUCCUCGUUAUCACUCAGUCGAUAUCCGAUAGCGAUGGCUAUACUGGCUACCGGCUUGACAUCCGCGAAGACGGCGACUCUGUUGCUGUGCUCUAUGAAACCGAAAACACCCAGAACAAUAUCUCAGCGCUUGUUCCAGAACCCGACGUGUUCUUAAAUGCUUCAGUACAUGUCAGCGAGAUCAACAUUGAAGUCCAGAACCUGACAGCAAAGAUCAAUUUAGAUGCUCAGGUAUUACAAUUGCUGUCAUUCAACGCCGGUGUCGACUUGAGCAUCGACCGUGUCCGUCUUCUUAUUCAGAACGUUACCGCAAAGGUUGUGCUAGAGGCGCGCCUGGCAAAUCUUGUCCUCAUGAUUAACGACACUCUCUCCUCCAUUGAUCUCAAUCCUAUAAUUGCAGAGCUUGGAAAUGGACUAGGAACCAUAAUCAAUGACACUGGCAAUCUCAUCGGGGGUCUCACGGGUGGGGAGUUAACCAGCUCUAAGCGCAGCCUCGAUCUCAUGCAAUUCGACCUCGAGAACAACAUCCUCUACUCAGUGAACGAUUAUUCUGGAAACACCCACACAAACCGGAUUCUCGCGCAAAACGGCGAUAUCGUAGAGCAGAAGCUCAACAAUAAUGGGAGGAUCCAAGGUCAGACUGUCGUGGGAUCAUACCUGAAGGACAUGCAAUUCAAUGGCUUCAACCAGUCUGUGACAUUCCACGGACAGGAGGUAUGGGAGGUCGAGUACAUGUAUGAGCCGUUCGCGGGAUUGAUGGCCAUUUCGGGGAUUUUCUUGGAUAAGAGGAACGGCACAGUUGUGGGAACGCAGUUGCUUGCCGAAGCACGAGGUGGAGGCACCUCAACAAUUGCAGCAAGCGAAGAGCUGAAAACAUAG